AUGCAAAACGUUUUUCCCCCUCACAAUCCGCGCAAAACCGAGAGAGGAUUUCGCACAGCAAAGCGGUCGAGGUGUUUUUUCCGCAAAAACGAAGGGCGAAUUGUUUUAUCUCUUCCGUCACGGUGUGAUUUCUAUGUUUUUGUGGCACCACCUAAGACAGCAGUUGUGCUAUCACAAUUGUCGUUAUCUCUGGAGCAACAUGACCAUGCGCCCGUUUCGUGUCAUCUAGGGCAACUGCUACUAGAGCAAGCCAUACCUCGUCUGGAGAGCAGCUCCUCUUUGCUGGCCAAGAUGUCGGACGACAGCUACAUUAUGUCCGACGACGGGGACGACUCGGAAUUCGAGGUUCUACGCCAGUUCUUGGACGGGACUUCUCGACGACCAAGACUUUCUAGUUGCAAGAAGGUAAUGAACCCCAAGAUUCGUGACUCCGACUCGGUUGCCCCGGCGGUGCCUGUCGCUGUUCCUGAAACUGGAACUACAAACUGUGGACGACCACAAGCUCGGAAGCGUUCGCGAUCUCGACGUUCAAGGAGGCAGGAGACCGGUACCUGCGGUGAGGGAAAGAACACCGGGAUUGCGUCGUUGACAAGAAGCGCAGACUCCACCGGACUUUCAGCCUCAAUCUCACCUUCACGGCCCUGUGGAAAUAGAAUCUUUCUUCUUGAUGACAACCUGCGCGUUUUACGGCAAUGCAGCCGGCAAUUGUCACCCCAGGAACGAGAGCGCAUCAAGCUGGUUUGGGUUCCGCUGAAAGGAAGGGAAGACGGAGAUUAUUAUGGAGAAGGUGCAGAGCCUGCUGUGCCGGAGAGGGAUAAAAACCACGUGGACUACAUAUUGCGAAGGUAAAGUAUCAGUACGUAAGUACCAAAAGUACUUAGCUGGUGCCAGUGUCAACAAGAAGAAGAACGCGAAGGAUCGAUAGCGAUAAGGACAAGAAGGAAAGCAGACUGAUCCGCUUCUGCGCUGGGAUAUGACUUUGUGAAAGCGAAGUAAUUACGCUCGACGCUUGAUUUGUGGUGUGGGAAGUCGCUGUUGAUUUUUGCCCUGUUCGGGGCCGGAAUGGCUAUGGACUGCUUUGCCGUUUGCCUUCUUUCUUCGACCUGGAGAGAGAAAUAUAAACAAAGCGAAAGUAUACAUCUGAAGGUUAAGAAUAAGAAGCACGGCCUGCGCUGGAAUGAUCCUACGUGUAAAAUUUUACUUUUGGUCGAAACCGUUCCUGUCUGGUCUCGAACGGAGCAGGAGACUUUCCUCUUGCCGUCAGCUACGAGGUCAUGAUGGAUGGGUUCCGAUCAGGACGAGGUCGAUGCAAGCUGCGGAUUUUCGAACGGAAACUUUGUGAUGUUCUUGCACUUCUACUCCCGCAGUUCGACUUCGACUGGUGCGAGCAAGCGCAUCAAGUGGAAGCAUUAGCUACAGCUCGCUGUGGAAGUUGGCGUUAUCAUGUAGUCUUUUUUGACAUUACAGAAAAGGAGUAGCAGGACCAGGAGAUGGAGCGUUUUUAUUCCUUGGAACUGGUGAAAUUCUAAAGUCUAAACUAUCGUCGCGGAACUGCAGCCUAGAU